AUGCAAAGAUCCGUUUUCUUUGAAUCAACCAAGAAACACCUUACUGCACUGGUAAACAGAGAGCAGAAUAAGCAUCUCUUAUCCAAGAACAUUUGCAGCAGUAAUAUUCCCCUGGAAAAUCACUUCAAAUUAUGGUCCAGUGUUAUUCCUAGCCUGGCGCAAGGUGGGUUCGGUUCUGAAACUGCCUUACUCGAAGCGUCUCAGAUACAGAAAUCUGGUUCCGAGCCUACUAUUCAUACCCUCGUGCAUUUGAUCCGAGGAUGUGCCAACUUGGGUCGGUUUUCGCAUGGAGAACAGUUUCAUUGUCAUGUUCUGAAAUCUGGGUAUGUUUCCGAUGUCUUUGUUUCCACUUCCUUGAUCAAUUUCUAUGUGAAGUUUGAGGCUGUCGGCGAUGCUCACAAACUGUUUGUUGAAAUUUCUGAGCCAAGUGUAGUUUCUUGGAAUGCGUUGAUUUCUGGCUAUGUGCGUUGUGGGAAGUUUAAUAAAGCUCUGAACUUGUUUGUUCAGCUAGAAAGAUCUGGUCUUUGUGCAGAUUCCUAUUCAUUUACAGCUUCUCUAUCUGCUUGUAGGCAGCCGAGUUUGCUGCAUUUUGGGGAAUCAAUACAUUCCAAGAUCGUGAGACUAGGUGUGGAGUGUAGUGUAGUUGUUGGAAAUUCUUUGAUUGACAUGUAUGGAAAAUGUGGGUGUGCAAGAGAGUCAAUUAGGGUGUUCAAUGGUAUGAUUGAUAGGGAUACAAUUUCUUGGAAUUCAGUUAUAGCAGCGAAUGCUCGAAAUGGGAGACUAGAACAAGCCUUCAGGUUUCUGCAUCAAAUGCCUGAUCCUGAUACAAUUUCAUAUAAUGAGCUAAUUAGUGGGAUUGCACAGUUUGGGGAGAUAGAAGAUGCCAUUCAUCUUUUAUCAAGAAUCCCCAACCCAAACUCAUCUUCAUGGAAUUCCAUAAUAACAUGGUAUGUAAAUCGAGGCAGAGCAUGCCAAGCACUAGAGUUUUUCUGUAAAAUGCAUUUUAGUGGCAUUCAAAUGGAUCAAUUCACAUUUUCAAGCAUUUUGAGCGGCACUGCUAAUGUUGCAGAUAUCACAUGGGGAAGAUUGAUCCAUUGUUGUACUGUGAAGCAUGGGCUGGACGGAAGUAUAGUUGUUGGAAGUGCUCUUAUUGAUAUGUAUUCAAAAUGUGGAAAAGUGAACCAAGCUGAGGUGUUGUUUGAGACACUGCCUAGAAAGAAUUUGGUGACAUGGAAUGCUAUGAUAUCAGGGCAUGCCCACAAUGGCAAUUCAAUUAAGGUGCUUGGGCUAUUUGAGCAGCUGAAGAUGGUAACAGAUUUUCAGCCUGAUGGAAUCACCUUCCUCAAUGUCUUGGCAGCAUGUUGGCACAAUAAGAUUCCAUUGCAGGUUGCAAAUGGAUACUUCGAGUCGAUGAUCAAGAACUAUGGGAUCUCUCCCACUGCCGAGCACUGCUCUUCUAUGAUAAGGCUCAUGGGACAGGAAGGAGAGGUGAGUGGUGCAGAGAAGAUGAUAAAAGAGUUGGGAUUUGAAAAGUGUGCAUUGGUUUGGAGGGCUCUGCUAGGAGCUUGUGUCACUUGUGGGGAUAUAAAAGUUGCAGAAGUGGCAGCUGAAAAGGUGAUAGGAUUGGAAGGCCACAAUGUUGAUUUUGUUUACGUAUUAUUGUCUAACGUUUACGCCUCUCAUGAAAAGUGGAAAGAAGUUAAGGGCACGAGAACACUGAUGAAGGAAAGACGAGUCAUGAAAGCGUCCGGUCAUAGUUGGAUAGAGGUAAAAUGAAAAAUCUAUUAGUAUUACUAUUACUGUUACAUGACUGCUAAUGCAACCCGCAGGUUAGAAAAUAAAAUUUUACAUUCAAUAUCCA